CGCGCCUCUUUUUUCUCUGGCCUGUCUCUGUGGUGACGUCAGUUCCGGGGGCAGAUAGCGAGGCUGUUCGGUUCCGGAGCUAGACUUCCGGCCCGUCACUCCGGCAACCGGAGACAGAAAAGGGGUACCGGGAAGACGGCGCAGGAAGAGAGCACAGGGAGUCGGCCAGCAUCUGCCGCCAUGGACGAAUCAGAUGUGAGCGAUCUGGAGAACAUGGUGGUGGAGGAGUUGGGAAUCUCUAUGAAGGAGCUCGAGGAGUUCAUAGACAAGGAGGUGGAGAAGAAUGAGUUUGUGAAGCAGCGGAAGGCACAGUUGUUGGAGCUGGAGCAACUGGUGAAGCAGAAGGAGGAAGAGGUGGCCCAUGUGGACAGCUUGUGUGACAAUGCUUCAAGGGCUCUCGAGGACUGCGAAAUGUUAGUGAAAACGUUGUACAGUGAGAUGGGCAUCACAUACAAGGAGACCAGCUCAGAUGAUGAUGAAUCCUCCAAACCUGUGGAAGUCAUUGAAAUCCCAGAUGAGGAUGAGGACGAUGAUGAUGUCGUGAGUGUGGGAUCAGGUGAAGCAGUUGUUAGUAAAGUUCCUAAAGAGAAACGACUGUUAAAAGACGCUAUGGCUGCCAUGAAGAGGUGCCAGAAAGAUGUACAGAACUUGGUGGAGGCCAUUCACAAGAAGCCUGUCAUUGUUUUAGAUGGACCCCAAACUCGCCUGUCCUCUCAUCCUUCUUCGCCUUCAAGUUCUGUGGGUGGUCCCAACCAGACCUCCACAGCCAAUGACAUGAAAAAGGAUGGAGACCUUGUUGUGGGUAUGAGGAUUCUUGGUAAGAAGAGGACCAAAACAUGGCACAAGGGGACCCUGAUUUCCAUUCAGAUGGUUGGAGCAGGAAAAAAAUACAAAGUCAAAUUUGACAACAAAGGGAAGAGCCUGCUGUCCGGCAACCAUAUAGCGUAUGAUUACCACCCACCACUAGAUAAACUGUUUGUUGGGAGCAGAGUGGUGGCCAGAUACAAAGAUGGCAACCAGGUAUGGCUCUACGCUGGCAUCAUAGCUGAACCUCCCAGCAACAAGAAUAAAAUGAGAUUUCUGAUCUUCUUCGAUGACGGCUAUGCUUCCUAUGUUACACACUCAGAACUAUACCCCAUUUGCAGGCCAUUGAUCAAAACCUGGGAAGAUAUUGAAGACGUGUCCUGCCGUGACUUCAUCGAAGAAUAUGUCACUGCGUACCCUAACCGACCUAUGGUUCUGCUGAAAAGCGGCCAGCUGAUAAAAACAGAGUGGGAGGGCACCUGGUGGAAGUCUAAAGUGGAAGAGGUUGAUGGAAGCCUGGUGAAGAUUUUAUUCUUGGAUGACAAGCGUUGUGAGUGGAUCUAUCGAGGCUCCACCCGCCUGGAGCCCAUGUUCAGCAUGAAGACCUCCACAGCUUCCACUCAAGAAAAAAAGCAGGCAGGACAGCAGCGAACACGUCCUAAUGUGGGUGCGGUGCGGAGUAAAGGACCUGUGGUACAGUACACACACGAUCUUACUGGGAGUGAAUCUCCUUAUAAAACUACAGAGCCAAGCUCACCCCAGUCGAUCCCAUCACCACAACUUAUCGACACAGACUCUGACAGCCAGCAGGCUCAGUCCAAGAAGCAAGUUGCAAAGAAAAGUACAUCGUUCCGGCCAGGAUCUGGAGGCUCCGGGCCAUCGUCUCCUGUACCCAGUGAGCCGCCUCCCACUGUGCGGCCUGUCCAACAGAAUCAGACCAACCAAAUGCAGAUUCAAACUGUUCACACCAUCCAAGCUAUACAGACUAUUCCAACAAUACAUGCCAUUCAGACUAACCAGACGAUUCAAAUCGCACAGUCUCAAAGAUUUGUGGCCAACGUGGCACAGAUUCAAGUCCUUCAGACAAAUGCAUUGCCGACGGAGAUCACUUAUAAGGCUCCCACGGAGAAGCUGUUUUACCUACGCCACAACUGUAGCCACGCAUGCUUAUCCCGUGUCCGUAACAUAUCACAUCGGAUCAGGAACCCUCUGCUGGUGCCACUGCUGUAUGACUUCCGCCGUAUGACCGCACGGCGGCGGGUUAACCGCAAGCUGGGAUUCCACGUCCUCUACAAAACGCCGUGCGGCCUCAGCCUGCGAACCAUGCCUGAGAUCGAGCGUUACCUUUUCGAAACAACCUGUGACAUGCUGCUGUUGGAAAUGUUCUGCUUGGACCCCUAUGUUCUGGUGGACCGCAAGUUCCAGCCGCAGAAACCUUUCUACUAUAUCCCCGAUAUCACAUACGGAAAGGAGGAUGUGCCGCUCUCCUGCGUCAAUGAGAUAGACAGGACCCCUCCUCCACAGGUGGCAUAUAGUAAGGAGCGCAUUCCCGGCAGAGGAGUAUAUAUUAACACGGGCCAGGACUUUCUGGUGGGAUGCGACUGCACGGAUGGAUGCCGAGACAGGUCAAAAUGUGCCUGUCACCAACUGACGUUGGAGGCCACUGGCUGCACGCCGGGAGCGCAGAUUAACACACAAGCUGGAUACCAACACAAGCGUCUGGAGGAGUGUCUUCCUACGGGGGUGUAUGAAUGCAACAAGAGAUGUAAAUGCAAUCACAAUCGAAAUCUAUGCACAAACCGCUUGGUUCAGCAUGGCCUCCAAGUGCGUCUCCAGCUUUUCAAAACGCAAAACAAAGGUUGGGGUAUUCGUUGUCUGGAUGACAUUGCAAAAGGGUCUUUCGUCUGUAUAUAUGCAGGUAAAAUCCUGACAGAUGACUUUGCAGACAAGGAAGGGUUGGAGAUGGGAGAUGAAUACUUUGCAAAUUUGGACCACAUCGAGAGUGUAGAAAACUACAAGGACGGUUACGAAAGUGAUGUCAAGUCGUCUUCGGAUAGCAGCGGCGUAGACAUCAAGCAUCAGGGGGAAGAACACAGCGGCACAGAAGAUCAGGACGAGUCCCAAGACGACAGUUCGGACGACAAUUUUGGAAAGAACGAGGACAUCACAACCAGCUCUGUAUGGCGGAGCUAUGCUACACGGCGGCAAACUAGGGGACAGAAAGAGAACGGGACUGUAGACACCUCCUCUAAGGACUCUGCUCUAGCCAGACAGACCAGCCAAGAGGAGACCACAGACUGCAAACUGCCCGAGGAGACCUCCAAGAACAAGGUUGCUUCUUGGUUGAGCUCUAACACGGACUCAUUUUUGGACCCUGAUAGCCGGUCGUCUCUCAAAUUGGGGGAUGCAGCAGAUAUAGAGAAGCAGGGGAAGAAGGAGGAACCUGCCAAGGAUACUGAAGACAGCAAGCCUGCUGGGGAGAGCAAUCGAUCGUAUGGUUAUAAUCCAACGCCAGCUAAGCCUGAGGGCAUCAAAAGGCCACUGAGCAAAACCGCCAUGCACCAGAUCAGACGCCAGUCCAAUGCCCACUCUAAUGAAGAUGUGCUGACCUUGUCCAGCAGUUCGGGGAGUGAUGUCGGCAGUGGGGCAAACAAGAAGCCCACCACCCAGACUAAUGCCAAUGACAGCGACGAUGUCCAAACCAUUUCUUCUGGUUCUGAUGUAGACGAGGACAAGAAGCACAUAACCACUACUACCGGCCCAGUGAAGAGACAAGUGGCUGUAAAAUCCACCCGCGGCUUUGCCCUAAAAUCCACCUAUGGCAUGACAGUGAAGCCCAACAUGGCAUCUGCGGACAGAGGCGAAGGAAUGAUUGGCCGGAGGACAACGCGGCAAUUUUACGAUGGGGAGGAGUCUUGUUACAUUAUCGACGCCAAACUUGAGGGAAAUUUGGGUCGAUACUUGAAUCACAGCUGCAGUCCCAACCUGUUUGUACAGAAUGUGUUUGUGGACACACAUGACCUGCGAUUUCCCUGGGUGGCUUUCUUCGCCAGCAAGAGGAUACGGGCCGGCACGGAGCUGACCUGGGAUUAUAACUACGAGGUGGGGAGCGUGGAAGGCAAGAAGCUGCUGUGUUGCUGCGGAUCCACAGAAUGCCGGGGGCGCCUCUUGUAACCUCCAUCCAGAAAACCUGUCCAAGGUGCU